AUGAACCCAUUCUUCUUUAGAAGCCAUGCCCAUGCUCACUCUCACUCUCACUCUCGCCAUCAUGGAAGCAAACAUGCUCACCAUGCUUACCCUGAUACUUCUGACAGCCUACAGACUCCUGUUCCUCGUCGACCAUCAAUCCAGAUCGACAAUCCUUCUCCUUCAAAGCCAGUACCAAUGGCUUCGUCCCUUUCAACAUCCGCCGUUCCAACAAUCGUUUCAUACAACACUCCUCCUGCCACUCCGCCAUUGGCAAAAGACGAAGAACCUACUGGCAUUGCUUGGUGCACCGCUAGGGCUAGAAUCCCUACACCCGAUGGAUCUGAAUAUUUCUUGCAUAUCUAUGAAAACUCCAAGGACAAGAAAGAGCAUCUGGCCUUUGUCUUUGGGGAUGCGAUCCGAAGCAAGAGUUUAGACAAGGUUCGCUGGAACGAGACAGAGAUGGAUAGGAUCAAGCGUGGGGCAUAUACCGGGCGUUUGCGCAACACAGACUCUUCUUCAUUGGGCACUGAGUUCACCACAGCCUCAACUGAGACAACAGGAUCAACAGCAUCUUUGAUUCCCUUAGUACGUAUUCAUUCUGAAUGCUUCACAGGUGAGAUCGGGCACUCGGCCCGUUGCGACUGUGGAGAGCAAUUGGACGAGGCCAUCCGAUUGAUGAAGGCCGAAGGAUCCGGUGUUGUGGUCUAUCUUCGUCAGGAAGGUCGCGGCAUUGGUCUUGCGGAAAAAUUAAGGGCAUACAAUCUUCAAGAUCUAGGAUAUGAUACAGUAAUGGCAAACUUGAUGUUGGACCGUGGAGCAGAUGAACGUACCUAUGAUGUUGCUCAGGCGAUUCUUGAGGAUUUGGGACUAAACCAGAUCCGGCUAUUGACAAAUAACCCUGAUAAGAUUGAGCAGAUUGAGAAAGACAGCCAGAUCAGAGUGGUUGAGCGUGUGCCAAUGAUGCCCAAGUCCUGGGAGGCGAUUGAGCUAGGCAGAGAAAUGGAAUUUGAGGUCAAAGAAGGUGCAGUAGAGAACAAGGUAGUGAAGGGCAAAGAGCUGGAUAGAUACUUGAAGGUCAAGGUCGAAAGGAUGAGACACAUGAUAUCUAUCCCUUCCAACAUGAGCAUUUAA